UGGAGCCUUCAGACCGGAGUGCACGCAUGUUCAGUGGACUCGAAUGGUGUGAAGCCCCAGAUGAGGGACUCAGGCGUCUGGGAAUGACAGGCGCUGUCACCAGGAGUGACAGCUUUCACACAAAGCUACUCCGCUAAAGACCCUUCCAGCUAACACUUAAAACUGAUCCGGUGCGGAUCCAGUCAGACCAGGACUAUGCCAGAGAUGGAGAAAGGGAGACCACCGGAAAAUAAACGCAGCAGGAAACCUGCGCACCCCGUAAAGAGGGAGAUCAACCAAGAGAUGAAGACGUUUGCAGAAAGCACCAUGAAUGAGCUGCUGGGAUGGUACGGCUAUGACAAGGUAGAUCUCAGAGACGCGGAGGCCAACGAGAUCAGAAACUACAGAGAAAGGCGUCAGCAUGUGUCCGUGCUAAAAGAAAACUCAUUGCCAAAACCCAAGAGCCUGGACACCAAAGUCUGUCACUCGGUUCUCGCCAUGAAGAGUGGAGAGAGAGAGUCCUCCAGUGUCCCCUCCUCUUCACCCUCCUCUUCCUCAACAAGUUCAUCCCUGGCCACCCCCAAAGAGCACAAGAGUGCCCCUGUUAUUGUCCCCCUUAUAAAGCCAUCAGCAGUGGAAGAUGUGCAGAAUGUGCAAAUAGUGUGUGUUUGGUGCCAGAAGGAAGGGGUAAAACGCUACUCUCUAUGUAUGGGUUCAGAGCUCAAGAGCUUCUGCAGUGAGAAGUGUUUUGCUGCCUGCAGACGGGCCUACUUCAAACGCAAUAAGGCCAGAGAUGAAGACCUCCAUGGUGAGAGAUCCCCUCAGCACUCCCAUACAGAAGACUCGCCCAGACUGGUGUUGAAGAUAAACAGCAAUGUCAGAUCUCUCUCCCCUGUGCCACAGGUAUGUGAUUGGUGCAAGCAUGUCCGUCACACUAAAGAAUACCUGGACUUCGGAUCUGGUGAGGAACGACUUCAGUUCUGCAGCACCAAGUGUCUGAAUCAGUACAAGAUGGAUGUUUUCUACAGAGAAGCCCGUGCAGCUCUUACAAGCUCCAGCCCAAGCAGAGCCAGCCAGGAGGGGAGGGCGGACAGCGGUGUGAGUGGGCAAAAGCUACUCACUCCUGAGUCUUGGAACAGCAGCAGCAGUGCAGGAGAGGCUCGUCAUAGAAACCUUUCCCCUAAAGGGGCUACGCCAAUGCAUGGAUCAGCAGAAUCCACCUCCAUCUCCACCUCAGAGGCAUCCUCUUCUAAUUCCAAGGUCCCUGUCUCUGGGCUGAGGACACUGGAGAGACCCAUCCAUCCUCCUCCACACCCCCCUGUUGUGGAGGUAUCACCCCAUCCUGCUUCCCUUCAUCCUCCACCUCUUCCUCGCCCCCCUUUGGAACAUCAGCCAGUACCUCAAAUGCACAUGCCCUUCAUCAGACCUCCUCUUCAUGCUCAGGGCCUUAAAAGCCCCCUUGCCAACCACCCCAGACACCCAGGCCCCCCUUCCAGCCCUAUUCACCGACCUCCUCACUCUCCUCACUUGCAGCCCCCGACCUCCACUUCCAUGAAUCCCCCUGGACUGAUGCAUCCUUUCCCAGGAGCCUAUUUCCCUGGGUUGCACUCCCCUCCUCUGAACAUGAUGCCAAGAGGUCCAGUCCCAAUGCCUCCUUUAAUAAACUUUGGUAUUCCUUCCUUCAGCCCUCUUCUGCCCCAACCUACUAUACUGGUGCCUUAUCCCAUCAUUGUUCCCCUACCUGUCCCCAUACCCAUUCCUAUCCCCAUUCCAGUUCCUUCUAAGGCAACCCUAGAAACUCCAAGUCACAGUGGUGUUAUCCAGCCUGUGCCAGAAGGGGCAGACAGGGGUAGAUCCAGGGCUACCAGGCCACCAUCUCCAGGGAACCCUGAAGGGGUAGCCAACAAAUUGGGUGGAACAUUGACUCAAGGUCUCCCCUCACCAAGUGAUCCCAACACAAGGGACACAGAUUGGGUUAAAUCAGAGAGGUCAUUCCCCUCCCCAACAUCCACAUCCCACAGUGGCGCGUCCUCCCCCAGUGCACCGUACAGCGAAUCCCCCUGCUCAGCCCCAGAGUCAGAGGUGCUGAUAGACUUUAAGCAGUCAGAGCGACAAGUCAUUCAAAGGGUUCUCCAAAGGACCCAAGUGAAGCUAGGGCCCAGUCCCAAUGGAGUGGUGGAUGUAGCAGUGUCUGGAACAGGGCAGGGUACCAGAUCAGGGCUCCACGACAUCAUCAGACCCUCCCCUCCUCUGACACAGUCCCCUUCACAUGACACUAUCUACCACCACCGGGACUCCCACACUCCACCUUCACACACCCCACCCAGCCCCACAGGGAGCAGCCAUCCAUAUGAUGCCACGUCAUCUGCCCUGACAUCUCAGGACCACGGUCCAAAGGAGAUGUCCUCUCCAUCCACACCCGCCAGUCCAGACUCCUCCCUACCCCAGAGAGUACCAGCAGCACCCCCUGACCCUGCACUCAGUGAGCUGGAAGCUAUCAAAGAGAACAAGUGCUCUGUUGUUGGCCCUGUGCGGGUUGAGGUCCCAGUCAGUCAGUCAGAAGAACCCUUAGCAGUAGUCGGGGAGGUAGGAGAGGACCCCCAUGUACCUGAUGAGGACCAUGCCUAUGCCCUGCCCACAGCGCCAAAGACAGGGACCACCCCACUGCUCUUGCCCAAACUCAGGGACAAGGGUAGCAUGCGGAGCCCUGCUAAUGUGCCCAGUUCUGGAGACAUGGAACCAGCUCUGAAGAGGCGAUGCCUUCGAAUCCAGAAUAAGUAGAGGAUGGAGACUCCCUGUUUAACACUGUACGGUGGUGCCAGAUUCAGUGCCACGCCCUCUUGUGGACAAUGCCAGUGCUAACACCCUCCAGCCAGUCCCUCAGCCUGUCCACCCACCAGAGUGUUGCUCUGCCUGUAGACCAGCAGGGUGCCAACCCAGGAAGCAGUCCAGAUGGUCAUAUUAUCACAAUUCAAUGUGGGGGAAGAACACAACACAGUCACAAAUCUUGUCUUGGACCAAAGAGUAUUGCUGGCUAGUGUGUUAUGUUGUGUUCAGUGAGCGCCUGAUACGGAGCAUCUCAGAUCUUCUCCCUGUCUGACGUUCCUCUAUAGUGUCUGUAUGUGUGUAUGUGCGCACAAGUUAGUGUGACUGCCCAGAUGCGCUCCUCCUCCUCCUCCUCCUCCUCUCCUUGCUGUACACAGCAGACAGGGCUCUGAUCAGCCUUGUGUGGUCUUCUCAGAUGGAGCCCGAACAUGAUCUCUUUCCAGGGGAAACGGUUUGUUUUCUCUGCCCGGCUUGCACAAAGAGCCACAUUGUUCCUCUCCCUAUAUCCCACGCUGACUCCCCACUCCAGGUUUUGGGUUACCUGGCCGACGGGGGCUCAGACUUCAGGAGCUUUUUUUAUUUUUUUGACCGACAGCCAGGAAUAUAGUAUACCCUUCUCCCCUCCACCUCACCGCCCAAUCUAAAUACGGUACACAGUAACAUACAGUAACAGUUGUGAAGUUUGAUUUCUCAGAACUGAUUGCCUGUGAUUCCCUCCUCAGCUCACUUCCUUCAAGGGAGGAGAGAAAUUCUGCUGAGAUUAAGACUUCAUCCCUGGGCAGUUUAUACACUGUGUGGAGAGAGCCUGGCUGGGCUGUUAAGACAGACAACUGAGCAAUAUAACGCAAUCUCUGAGGAGAAAGGAUGCUCCCUCUGCCUCCUCUAAAAAAAAAUAAAAUGACAUAGAAUAUAUGAUAUACAGUAUCUGAGAUGGUCUGUCAACACGUCGUCCUGAUGACGCUGGUCCAUAAAUGUGUGAUUUACAGACUCUCCCUCACUUUUCACCUUAUCUGCCAAACCUUUUUAGCAAAUCAGAACAUAAAUCACUUUUGGCACAAAGUGUCAUGCAUGUUUGCUUUAAACAUGUUUGCUGAACAUUUGUGGCACAUGACAGUUCAACUGACCCUGAUUCCAAGUUUUAUUUUAUGUCACUGGCUCUGAUCAGAUGAUUCUAAAAAAAAUCAGGCAUGUAAUAUUACCAAAUGUGGUAUUAUACUCAACCGUCAAAUGCUGUAGUAUACAGCGAUCAGUAUUACAGUUCCCGCUAUUGGGAACAUCUGAUGAGAUUUGAUCCCGCUAGAUCACUUAGAGGCUUUGUCAACACUUGUCCCAUUGUAAGAUUUCAGUUUUUUUCUAGUUGAACUCUACACAGAUACUAUGUGAUGUUAUAUUAACUUAUGGAUGAUACAUCUGUAGAUUUCCACAAAAAAAUGCUUUAUUUCUUCAUAAUAUUUUUUUUGAUGAUUGUAUAUUGUGAGUGCCGAAGCUCUUAAAUGCCCCUAUGUUUGUAUACUGUAUCCCCACUAGAGAGCAGUGUUUGCCUUUGUAACUUUGCACCUGCCCUUUUCUGACAAGAAAGCACCAAGAGGCCCAUAGGCUGCUGAAACCCAUACAAUUACACAGAACACUACACUCGGUGGUAGCUGACCGAUAUCCAAUGCCAAGUAGAUAGUUUUUCCUCCACAUCUUGCUUACAUUAUUUUCUCAUUACAUUCUAAUAUUGCCUACCAUUACAGCUGUGUCAUACCAAGAAAAACCAAGCUACCCUUCAGUGCCUCUUCUUAAUGAAGAGUUGAACAGUCCCCCGGGAUAAGUAGUCAUCAUAACCUACUCCUAGAAUAACUCCAAAUGUGACGCACCCCUGCUAUCAUUCCAAAACUACAUGCCUAUCAGUUUGUGUGUUUGUGCAUGUGCCUAGAGCAGCAACACAUUUCUCCCCACUCAUUCCAGCCUACACCAUCACCACAGGUCAUGCCAUUAUGUUAGUGUCAUCCUCGGCUGGCCAGGGGACUCUCUGUCAUCAGCUUGUGUGAGCCAGUGAUGACAUCACUCAAUGCAUAUAGCUGCGGUGUCAACAUGUGGUCUUAUACUCUGACGCCAGAGGCCAAAAAAUAUGUUGUUAAGACUGCCAUUGAUGGUUUUAUUGCACAUUUGAAUCAUUGCCAUUUCUGACCUGAUACAGGAUGUGUGUUAAUCCAAUGUUGUCCAACAAAUAAGACUUUUUUAUGAGACAUUUUGUUGCUGUUGUUGCCUGAAAUGCAUUGGUACCCCUGUCAAACAUUUAGCCCACUGUCUGAAAAGAUUAUUCACAGAUUGUAUUUGACUAUAGACCCAGUAACCAAGAGCUUUGGUGGAGACCUCUUUGUAAAGUAAAAUAAAUAAAAGUUAUUCUAAGAGCAA